UAGAACACCUCGGGUCUCCUCGUAGAUCAUGGCUGAGAUACGCUUGACACCACCACGACGAGCGAGACGUCGGAUAGCGGGCUUGGUAAUACCCUGGAUGUUGUCACGAAGAAUCUUGCGAUGACGCUUGGCGCCACCCUUUCCGAGGCCCUUGCCACCUUUGCCGCGUCCAGUCAUAUUGAAUGAGGUUAGAGAAAAGUAUUUGGUUGAUAGGUUUUGGUUAUGGGGUGCUUGGUGCUGGUGCAAGUGGUACAGAUGAGGCUGAUAUGCAAGCGGUAUGUUUGGAAGAUGGAAAGGUUGAGACGUGGGGAAAAGCGACAGUUUUAAAUAUCAACGGGGCGGGUCCGGUAGCUGGGAAUCAGAUCAGCCCGGGAUUGACGCGAACUCGUGCCUGAUCAGCCCC